CUGCGUAUUAAUUGAGUUACGGCGAAUUGUCCCUCCCGCAAGGUAGCUACGUGAUGCGUCACUGCGCUUACGUGUAGUUGUGACGUCAGUCUCGCGUGAUGAGACUUGCGGCGCUGGGAUCUUCUGUAAGACGGGGGGCUAGGUGCUUGCCCUAAACAAUUUCUGCCUAAAGUGUGUUCUUGAGCUUUUUCUGCUGGUUGUCUCAGGAAAAACACUGAAGGAACCUCUUAGUCCAAGAAGUUACUCACAGUCCUAGACUAUAUCAGAGAAGAUUCAAGAAUGGCUGCAGACAAAGCAGGAGAACAGGGAGCUGAAAAACAUGAGGACUCUGCUAAUUGCUCAGGCAUAUCUGACCAUGAGAAGGAAUUAUCAAGAAGUGCAUUACAGGCAUUUACAGCUGGUAAUUAUGAAGCCUGUCUACAGCAUCUAGGAGAACUUAAAGAAAUCAACAAAGAUGAUUAUAAAGUAAUCCUGAACUCUGCUGUAGCUGAGUUUUAUAAGAGUGACCAAACAACAACUGACCUGUUGAAGCAAACACUUAACCAGUUAAGGAAUGAGGUUCAUUCUGCUAUUGAUGAAAUUGAUAGCUUAGAUGACGUGGAGAACAGUAUGUUGUAUUACAAUCAAGCUGUCAUCUUGUAUUAUCUGCGUCAGCACAUGGAAGCCAUUUCAAUUGGAGAGAAACUUUAUCAGUUUAUUGAACCAUUUAGUAGGCGUAUUUGUCUGAAAACACCUAGAUCGUCGCCUCAAAUCCCUUCAGGACCAUUUACACCACACAGACGAGAAGAGAAAUUUGCGCAUGCCGUAUGCUUUCUGCUUGUAGAUUUAUAUCUUCUGACAUUCCAAACGGAAAAAGCCUUGCAUCUGUUGGUGGUUCUUGAAAAAAUGAUUUUACAGGGGCACAGCAAUAAUAAAAAUGGUAAAAAUAAUGAGACAAACAGCAAUGCUAACAAUAGAGAACCCUUUGCCCAGAGGGGUGAUGGCGGAGUUCAUGUAGAAGCAGCAAAAUCUAAAAUUCAUCAGUAUAAGGUGAGAGCCUACAUUCAAAUGAAGUCUCUAAAAGCAUGUAAGAGGGAAAUAAAGUCUGUGAUGAACACAUCUGGAAAUUCGGCUCCAUCUCUGUUUCUGAAAAGUAAUUUUGAAUACCUCCGAGGCAAUUACCGAAAAGCAGUAAAGCUCUUGAAUUCAUCAAAUAUUGCUGAAUAUCCUGGAUUCAUGAAAACAGGGGAAUGUGUGAGAUGUAUGUUCUGGAAUAAUCUUGGUUGCAUUCAUUUUGCUAUGGGAAAGCACAACUUAGGUCUUUUCUACUUCAAAAAGGCUCUCCAAGAAAACGAUAAUACAUGUGCACAGUUACCUUCCAGUAAUACAGAUCCAGGGAAGAAAUUUUCCAGCAGACCUAUGUGUACCCUGUUGACCAACAAACGAUAUGAACUGCUGUAUAAUUGCGGAAUUCAGCUUUUGCAUAUUGGAAGACCUCUUGCAGCUUUUGAGUAUUUGAUAGAAGCCGUCCAAGUAUAUCAUUCAAACCCUCGGCUCUGGUUAAGACUAGCAGAGUGUUGCAUAGCUGCUAACAAAGGUGUAAGUGUCUCAACUUCAGAACAAGAAACAAAAGGGCUUCCAAGCAAGAAAGGGAUAGUACAGUCCAUUGUAGGCCAAGGCUAUCACCGGAAAAUUGUUCUAGCUUCUCAGUCAGUUCAGAAUCUUCUCUACAAUGAUGGCGAGUCAUCAGCUAUUCCUGUUGCCAGCAUGGAGUUUGCAGCAAUAUGUCUGAGAAAUGCAUUGCUUCUUUUACCCGAAGACCAGUUUGAUGCAAAGCAAGAGAACGGUUCAAAGACUAGUAGUCAGACAGGCAAUACAGACUCCGGUGGAGAGAGCAGUGAAGUGUGCAGUAAUAAAAGCCAUGAGGGAGAUAAAUUCAUUCCAGCUCCACCUUCCUCUCCCCUGAAGAGGCAAGAAGUAGAAAACCUAAGGUGUUCUGUUCUUGCUUGCAGUGCCUAUGUUGGUCUUGCUUUGGGUGAUAACCUCAUGGCACUAAACCAUGCAGAAAAACUUCUACAACAGCCACGGUUGUCAGGAUCCCUUAAGUUCCUGGGCCAUUUAUAUGCAGCUGAAGCUCUCAUCUCCUUGGACAGGAUUUCGGAUGCCAUCACUCAUCUGAACCCUGAGAAUGUCACAGAUGUGUCUCUAGGGGUCUCUUCCAAUGAGCAGGAGCAAGGUUCUGACAAAGGAGAAAAUGAGCCCAUGGAAUCUGUUGGUAAACAGAUGCCACAGUGUUACCCAAGUUCAGUCACUUCUGCUCGAACAAUGAUGCUGUUUAAUCUCGGGAGUGCUUACUGUUUACGUAGCGAAUAUGACAAAGCACGCAAGUGUCUACACCAGGCUGCCUCCAUGAUCCACCCUAAAGAAAUCCCACCAGAGGCAAUCCUGCUUGCAGUGUAUCUGGAGCUACAGAAUGGCAACACCCAGCUGGCCUUGCAGAUCAUCAAAAGAAACCAGCUCCUCCCGUCCAUCAGAAUGAUGUCAGAUCUUCGAAAGAAGCCAUUAUUCCAGACAAUGCAUCAGCCAAUGCAGCCAAUUCAGAUGCCGGCUUUUACUGCUGUUCAGAGAAAAUGAUAUAUUUAUUGUCCUGGGACUUGUAGAGAAGAUGGCCUCAAACCAUUCAACUCAAACACUUAGUGAUCUGGUGACUCUUCUUGGACUAUACAAUCUCUCUUUAACCACAAUAUACUUAGUGUAAAAUGGAUCACAUUGUUUUUUUGGAAAUAAAAGGAUUAUGUGCCA